AUGGAGGUGCAGGCCGGCUCUCAUGCCGACGCCGCGGCGAGCAAGUUCACGCUGCCGGUGGACUCCGAGCACAAGGCCAAGUCCUUCAGGCUCUUCUCCUUCGCCAACCCUCAUAUGCGCACCUUCCACCUCUCUUGGAUAUCCUUCUUCACCUGCUUCGUCUCCACCUUCGCCGCGGCGCCGCUGGUGCCCAUCAUCCGCGACAACCUCAACCUCGCCAAGGCAGACAUCGGCAAUGCCGGUGUCGCGGCUGCGCCUUCCUGGUCAUGCUCUCGGCGCCCACCGUCUUCUGCAUGGCCGUCAUCGAUGAUGCUUCAGGGCUGGGGCAACAUGGGUGGUGGCGCCACACAGCUCAUCAUGCCGCUUGUCUUCCACGCAAUCCAGAAGUGUGGUGCCACGCCCUUCGUAGCAUGGCGUAUUGCCUACUUCGUGCCGGGAAUGAUGCACAUCGUGAUGGGCUUGCUGGUGCUCACUAUGGGCCAAGAUCUCCCCGACGGGAACCUUGCGAGUCUCCAGAAGAAGGGAGACAUGGCCAAGGACAAGUUCUCGAAGGUCCUUUGGGGCGCUGUCACCAACUACCGGACAUGGAUCUUCGUCCUCCUCUACGGCUACUGCAUGGGUGUCGAGCUCACCACCGACAAUGUCAUCGCCGAGUACUACUACGACCACUUCCACCUAGACCUCCGCGCUGCAGGCACCAUUGCCGCUUGUUUCGGCAUGGCAAACAUUGUCGCGCGUCCUAUGGGGGGCUACCUCUCUGACCUUGGUGCCCGCUACUUUGGCAUGCGUGCUCGCCUUUGGAACAUCUGGAUCCUCCAAACUGCCGGUGGCGCUUUCUGCAUCUGGCUCGGUCGUGCGUCAGCCCUCCCUGCCUCAGUGACUGCCAUGGUUCUCUUCUCCAUCUGCGCCCAAGCCGCGUGUGGUGCUGUAUUUGGCGUCGCACCCUUCGUUUCUAGACGUUCCCUUGGCAUCAUCUCCGGGCUGACCGGUGCUGGUGGAAACGUGGGUGCAGGGCUCACGCAGCUUCUCUUCUUUACUUCAUCACAAUACUCCACUGGAAGGGGUCUCGAGUACAUGGGCAUCAUGAUCAUGGCAUGCACGCUGCCUGUCGCUCUUGUGCACUUCCCACAGUGGGGCUCGAUGUUCUUCCCGGCCAGCGCCGACGCCACAGAGGAGGAAUACUAUGCCUCCGAGUGGUCGGAGGAGGAGAAGAACAAGGGUCUCCAUAUUGCUGGCCAAAAGUUUGCCGAGAACUCACGAUCGGAGCGUGGAAGGAGCAACGUCAUCCUUGCCACGUCCGCCACACCACCUAACAAUACGCCCCAGCACGUAUAAGACUGGAUUGUUUUUCAUAUACUAUGUACAAGUAUUGAACAUCGGCUGUAAUAAGGUGUACAAUUUAGAUUUCUAGUAUCGGCUUGUGUAAUGCGUUUCUUACGCACGAAAUGUUUUGGUGUGUGCAUGCACGCAUGCGAGGUACCUGUGUCUGAAUUUACAGCAAGUUUG